GGUAUGUCGGUCAGUUGGGGAUGGCGCCCACAGAUCCGUCCAUCAUCAUGUCGACCUCUCGAAAGCGCGACAGCACCUGCCUGUCCUCUCCCGCGGAGGGAGAGAGACAAGGCGACGCCACUCGCCAGAGCGUCGCUGCCCCGCCUCAGUCCCCUCCCUGGCCAGCAGACAUGCCGGCUCCGCCGCAAUGGUGGGUGGAGCAGGAGGCUGCGGACAUCGAGGCCGUUGCGGCGAAGAGCACGCCGAAGCCGGACUCCGAGCACCCGGUGAAGAACCGCUGGGACGCUCACAUGAGGAUAGCCAUCGGGGACGGGACGUUCAGACCGAGAUACCGCCUGCGCCCGGACAAGUUCUUCAAGGUGCUGGAUAUCCUUGGCUCCGCCCUCUUCGACGCCGAUUCACCUACCCGCACGGACACAGGGUUGCACAUCCCGCCCAAGGUGAAACUCAUGGCGGCUCUUCGCAUCUGUGCUCCCCAGUCCGGCGCCUACGCGGUGAUUGAUUGCUUCGGGUUCACCGAGUCCAUGUGUCGCCGCUGGCUGCGCCAAGUGAUCCUGGCCGUGCUGGACAAGAAGAAGGAGUGCCGCAAGGCUGGGCUGCGCCCGUCUACCCUCAAAGAGAUGGAACGACUGGCAGACAACAACUUCAGGCUUGGUGGAGAGGACGCAUACCGAUAUGGGUGGUCGUGAUCGAGUUUCUCUGCCCACCCCACCGCGACCAAGUCAUGGACCUCCACCGAAUCGACCGAGAGCCAAGAGCGGCAAGAGAGAGAGAGAUGAAUGCGCGAGCAAGGGCGACGCCAGCUUCGACAGAACAGAGAGGGGGAUCCCUCGCCUGCUUGGCACCACACUGCCGCGCCUCACACCGUUGGAAGUGUAUAUUUUCAGACUCGUUGGGUUACGGUUUACUAUUAUUGUGGGUAUUUUUGUCUCUCUUAGGAUCGUCAUCAGUUGCUGCUGCUACACAUGUGUACAACCCUCUUUGAUGUGUGAAUACUAGCUGACAAACCUCAAGGUGCCUCAUUUGUUGACCAGCAGCGGGCGGUAGUAGCGAUCAAUGUGCCUGUAACGAAAACAAGAUGUCUCGAGAUUCGAUCAAAACGACUGAGCUCUGUCGUCUGUCGGCAUCGAUAGCCACGCAAUUGUCACGUUUGCCGUGAAACUAUUCAUUCUGCAUGAAUUUGGAAUGGAGGGCAUUUGCACUGAAGCUGGGUUUGUCUUCACUCGAGCUCGGUGAUGCGGGGGUGGGGGCGCCGACCAGCUGAGUCGCUCGGUGCGUGGAUGGGCAGUGCCGUUGGAUGUAUGUUGAUGGGCACUGAUUUGAAGUUUGUGUCGAGCUACAUUUGGGCGACGCAUUGAUCAAUUGAUCGCAAGACGCGUUGAAAGGGAUUGAUUUAGGGUUAUUUCCUGCGUUUACUGUUUGGGACGCAUGUCUUCUUUUUUUUUAUCCAGUUGCGCGCCACGUUUGGGUACUACAGGUAGAUAUAGAUUUUCUUUAACUGCUUGGCCGUAAUAGUUGAAGGGAUGUUGGAGCUCGGACUUGAAAUCCAAGAGUUCUACUGUUCUCGUGGGUGGUGGAAUUUAUUUACCAGCUGAGGACUUCGAAAGCAAAACGUGGGAAGUUUUGGUGACUGACAAUGAAUGAACCUGUUUAGGUCGAAGAGUUCAGAACUUCCCACUUCCGCUCAUACUUCUGAGGCAAAAAACGACUCCGCUUUCACAAGCCCAAUACACAUGCGCUGCGCACUUGGUCUGCAGGAACGUGGCGAGUCACGACGUGUGUAUUGUUCUUGUAUGCAUACACGUUUGGAUACGGACACCUAGGUUUGA